UGGUGAUGGUAGGUUUGCGAUUACUGAUGAAGAAUAGGUCUACCAUAUCCACCAACUUAUUUGACGUAUGCUGGAAAGGGAUCUGGGAAGGAAUCGUUCCUGUUUACUUGUCAUCUAGAUCACUGCCAAACAAAGAAGAAAACAAUUUCUGUCACCAAAGAUAGCAGAGGGAAUAUCAGAAAGCAUUUGAAAGUUUGCCACCCCAGCAGUCUAGAUAGUUUUAAUGGACAUUGCAAUGAGCUUGAUGCCACUAAAGGUGCUAAUAAGUCUCUUUAAGAAAAAACCAAGUUUGGUGAAAGCUCCCGUAGAAGUCAAGGUGAAACACAAUUGAAGAUGUCUUUUCAAGGGUAUCUAAGAUCGAGAGUAUUGACUCAAUCCUUGUUCGACCAGUAUAUAGUGGAAUACUUAUGUAAAGGUUGCCUUCCAGUUUACCACACGGAAAGACGGGAAUUCAGAAAAUUCGUUUCAAGGUUGUGUCCUACAAUGAAGGUAGGGACGAGAAAGUACUACCGAAAAAAGAUUGCUGAUGGUUUCCUGCAACAGAAAGCUCAUCUCAAGAAAAAAUUAGCGGAUGCACUGUGGAUGUGCUCUACAGCCGAUGCAUGGUCGUGCAGGCGAAAAAGCUUUAUCGGUGUUACUAUUAUCCAUUGGAUUUCUCCUGAUUUGUCAAGACAAUCUGCCUGCUUAGCUGUCAGGAGAGUGGUUUGUACAUGUAACUACGAAAUUAUUGGCAAAUUGCUAGAGGCCAUUAACGAAGAAUUUGAGAUUACCACUAAACUUACGUGUACAAUAACAGAUAAUGGAAACAACUUCAUCAAAUCCUUUAAAGUGUUUGGUACGAAGAAUGAUGAAAGUCAAGAAAGAGCACCAAUACAAUCUGUAGACCUGAGCAAUUAUCAAACUGACAAUAGUCAUUUUCCACAAGCCAAACCCAGAUCGAUGUCUUCUCAAGUUUUUCGUCACCAAACUAAUAACUAUCUAAACGAGGAAUCUAUUACGGACAUUUUGAGCGACAUAAAAUCCGAAUUCCACGAAAGUAGUGAGGAAGAUGGAUUAGAUGAUGCAGAAUAUGCAGAUUUGGUCCCAGGUAUCCGUAAAAUUGGCGCUGACAACGGCACAAAGGAUAAGAAACAAUUUGUUCAAGAUGGAAAACCAGAUGAAGGAGCAGUAAACUUUUUACCCUUGACGGACAUUUUGAAGAAGAAAGCAUCGUCUCGCACAAUCUAUUGCUUUCCAAAGCAUAGAAGAUGUGCCUGUCAUUUAUUGAGUUUAGUUGCCAAAAAGGACAUAUUUGUUGGCCUUGACGCAUCUUUGAAAAACUUAAUGGAUUCUACUGAGAAAAAGCUGCUUGCUCUUUGGAGUAAGCAAAAUAGAAGUUCAAAAGCUGCAGACGCUAUUUAUGCAAGCUUGGACGGUCUUUUUGUUAUCAACAAUAAAACUCGAUGGAAUUCUUAUUUUGACGCCCUCGUAAGAGUGAGGCACUUUCUCAACACCAAGAAAGCAGACUUAAAAAAACUUUUCACUCAUUUCAAAAUUGAUUAUUUUCGGCCAGCGGAAGAAGAAUUUAUCAAAGAAUAUGUCAAAGUUAUGAGGCCGAUUUCAGAAGCAUUGAUUGUUUUGCAAGCAGACAUUAAAGUUAAUGUCGAAUGUCGUUAAUACCUCCUAGAAACUUUAAAGCUUUUGUUGGAGAAAAUGGAAAAAUUGAAGCACAAUUCGGAGGUGAAGCACUGCAAGUCUAUUGUCAAUAAUCUUAUAAAUUCGGUUAAGAAGAGAUUUGCCGAAUGUUUCGAUGAUGAAGAACUUAAGAUUGCUGCAAUGUUGAAUCCGCAAUUUAAAACUUAGUGGAUUGAUGAUAUCGAUAAAAAAGAAAACAUUGAUCUUUUUAUUUCGGUUUAUCUUUC